UGUGUAUGAGAUUUUAAAUUUGUAGAUAUCUAUUUUGAAAAUUAGCCGCCAAUAAUAAAACUUAUCAAUUGAUGAUUUCUGGUACGAUGGAUAGGUUUCGGAAUAUCAACUUUAUCAAAGGGUUGGGAUUGGAGAGGAUUGAUGAAGAACCAGAGGAUGAAUGGUAUCAAUUGAAUGAUGAUGAUGAAAAUGAUAUUGAUAUUGAAAUUGAAAUUGAAGAUUAUGAUGAUGAACUUAGUCAACUUCAAAAACAAACUCCCAUUCCUCAUGCUCCCAAAGUUAGAAGACUAGAAAUCACCCUCCCAAAGAAUUUACCCAUCAACAUAUGUCUCAUAUUAUCCUUCGUUAUCCUCAUUCUUAAUAUAUUUUGUUUAUUUUCAUGUACUUCAGAUCGAAAUCUUGGAUGUCAACCUCAAUUCACAUUUGAAAUAACUGAUAAAACCCAAAAGGCUAAGGAUACAUUAUCUGGAUUAAGAGAAGGAUUGAAAACUAUUUCUUAUGUGGCUAAAGAUUUAAGUAUCGCCAGUUAUACCAAUGUUACUUCUUAUGAUUAUCUUAAUAUCGAUACGUUAUCAGAUGUUAAUUUGUUUAAACAUAAUUAUAAUGGAUUUUGUCGAUUUAACAAGGAAACUUUGUUAGAAACAUGUUUAAAUUCGAAUGGAAUGGAUGUGUUUUCAAGUUUGGUGCUGGAUAUUGGUUAUCAAUUAGGACAAAUUUCAAAUUCUGAAAAUCUGUUUAAUAUAGGUUCAAGUCUUGCUGAAACUUAUUCCAAUGCUUUAAAUCUUUUAGAUAUAAUUUAUUAUAAAGCACUUAAUAACGAAGAAGGAUAUUGGGAUUUAGAUAUGGAUACUCUUACUAUGAUUCAUAAUGUUCGUCAAAUGGAAACCUUUUCAAUAGCUUUAAGCAUAUUUUCAAUUAUAAUUAUGAUUUGUUCAUCAUUCAUGUGUUUAAAUUUCUUGUUGAUCAAUCUACAUUUACUAUUUACUAUAUUUAAAAAGUCAGAUAUGCAAUUAUUGAUAACAUGUGCCAUUUAUUCUAAUAUAAUUCAUAUUAUAUUUCAUUCUGUUCUAUUAUUAAUAAGAAUAACCCUUUAUGUGAGAUUAAAAAAUAAUCUUGAACAAUUAGAAUUUGCCAUUUUACGUACCGGAAGUGGAACAUAUUUAUUAUUUAGUAUUACUUUCAUAUCAGCAUUAUUACUGAUUAUUUUAUAUUUCUGUGAUAGGAAUGUUAAUUAAUUUAAAUAUCAGUAUAUAUAUAAAAUUCGAUUUUUCGCAUUAAUUUUAGUUGCAAAAAAUA